AUGUCCCUGGGCCAGCAGCAGUCAGCAAGAGGUGUGCCUUGUCUGAGAUGCAAGGGGACGUGUUCGGGCUUCGAGCCACAUUCAUGGAGACUAGGAUUUCUCAACCUCAGCACUACUGACAUUUGGGACCGGAUAAUUCUUUGCUGUGGAGGGAGCUGUCCUGUGCAUCGUAGGAUGUUUACCAGCAUCCUGGCCCCUACACUAUAGACGUCAUAGCACCCCAUUGGGACUAUCGAAAGUGUCUCCACGCUCAGCCUUAAAAAAGAACAAAAUAAUGCCAUUUGCAGCAACAUGGAUGGACCUCGAGAUUGUCACACUGAGUGAAAAGCAAGUUGUGGGCCGAGUUUAGCCCACAGGCUGUAAAGACUCCUGCUGUAGAACAUCUCCAGUGAUGAACCAGCCCUUGCCACCCCAGUGACCAAGAGGAAAAACGUGCUGCUCUUUUUACCCACGAAAGUCACACCCACAUUCCCCACAGACAGAUAGGAAGACGAAAAUGUGCAAGUCAUGCAAAUGCAGUCAGGAGGACCACUGCCUGAGCUCGGACCUGGAAGACGAUCGGAAAAUUGGCCGCUUGCUGAUGGACUCCAAGUAUUCCACCCUCACGGCCCGAGUGAAAGGCGGGGACGGCAUCCGGAUUUACAAGAGGAACCGAAUGAUCAUGACCAACCCCAUUGCCACCGGGAAAGAUCCCACCUUUGACACCAUCACCUAUGAGUGGGCUCCCCCUGGAGUCACCCAGAAACUGGGCCUGCAGUACAUGGAGCUCAUCCCCAAGGAGAAGCAGCCAGUGACGGGCACCGAGGGCGCCUACUACCGCCGGCGUCAGCUCUUGCGUCAGCUCCCUAUCUACGACCAGGACCCCUCUCGCUGCCGCGGACUUUUGGAGAACGAGCUGAAAGUGAUGGAGGAGUUUGUGAAGCAGUAUAAGAGCGAGGCCCUGGGUGUGGGCGAAGUGGCCCUCCCCGGGCAGGGCGGCUUGCCCAAGGAGGAGGGGAAGCAGCAGGAGAAGCCCGAGGGCGCAGAGACGGCCGCCCCAACUACCAACGGCAGCAUCAGCGACCCGUCCAAGGAACACGUCUGUGAGCUCUGCAAGGGGGUGGCCCCCGCCGACAGCCCUGUGGUCUACUCGGACAGGGCAGGCUACAGCAAGCAGUGGCAUCCUGCCUGCUUCGUGUGCACCAAGUGCUCCGAGCCGCUGGUGGACCUCAUCUACUUCUGGAAGGAUGGGGCGCCCUGGUGUGGCCGUCAUUACUGCGAGAGCCUGCGGCCCCGGUGCUCCGGCUGCGACGAGAUAAUAUUCUCAGAGGACUACCAGUGCGUGGAAGACCUGGCCUGGCACCGAGAGCACUUUGUCUGCGAGGGCUGCGAGCAGCAGCUGGGCGGCCGGGCGUACAUCAUCUCCAGGGCUCAGCUUCUGUGCCCAGCGUGCAGCAAGUCCAAACGCUCCUGAAGGGCUGUGCACCCACGGCUGGAAUCCACAGGAUCCCACCGAGAAGCACAGCCACGUGUGCCAAGGCCAUCCUAAGGGUCUGGCGAGACAGCCAGCAAGCAACAAAAACAGUGAUCUUUCUUCAGUGGAUAUAUAUACAUACACACACAUAUUCUAGAUCGGGUGGGGAGGGAUCCUUGAGGGUCAAUAGUUUCAAAGCCGGAGAUGUUCUGAGAAGUCUUAGGACGCAGUUAUUUUGUUUUUGCUGCUGUUGUUGUUUCCCAGCUACCAACGAAACACAUCCUGCCCGGGCUCUCUAGGAGGAGUUUCCCAGAAUGCAACUCUGAGUGAUCAAAUCACACAGCUGGAGGAUGCGCAUGCUUUCUCGUGAAGCUGGGGGCUCCUCCAGGAGCAGCCUGGGAUCUCGUUUGUUGCCUCCCUUUCAAAUGGAAUUUGAAUCUUAAAUAAAAAAAUGUUGGCAUGAUAAACAUAUCAAUAAAAGUUUUACGAAGUUC